UUGCAUUGCGCUGCGUCAACGAAAUUCGACCAGCUCAGAGACGCUCAAAUCCAGCGGAUUGAUUCGCACAUCUCGAUCUCGACGGCAUUGCGUAUUUGAUUCGUCGAGCUUUGUUGAUGGCCGCUUUCUCGAACGUUUCUUGGAAGAAGCCACGCUUCCAGCUUGUCACUGGCAAGAAAACGGAGCCAAACAAGCAUCUGUCUGUUUCUCUUCGAUACGAUUUCCAUCCGAGUCCUUCAUCGUCAUCAACUCGAGCUCUUCGCUUCCGCCCCUCGACCCUCGACAUCUCGAAUCUCCCCCCUUCCGCUCCUCGCCAUCCGAUAAAUGCCAGACGCCACGGCUUCAGGUGCCGACACGGGCGGUGCUGCUCGCUCUCGCGAGCACAACCAGGGCAACCAGGGCCGCACGUACACUGUCGAGCAGAAGGCGGCCGUCCUGCGCAUCCGGAAAUGCAAGCCCACCGCCUUUUACGACAUCCUGGGCCUCGAGGCCGUCCGCACCACCUGCACCGAUGCGGACAUCAAGAAGGCGUACAGGAAACAGUCGCUGCUGACGCACCCCGACAAGAACGGCCACGAACACGCCGAUGAGGCCUUCAAGAUGGUCAGCCGCGCCUUUGGCAUCCUGGGCGACAAGGAGAAGCGGGAAAAGUACGACAAAUACGGCACCGAUCCGGACAGCCGCUUCGAGAGCGCCCGCGCACAGAACCCAUUCUCAGGCUUCGGGUCGCGACAAGCUGCGGCGGCGGGAGGCGGUGGCGGCGGCUGGGACGAUGAGAUGACGCCCGAGGAGAUGUUUGCGCGCUUCUUUGGCGCUGGGGGUGGUCCAUUCGGCGGAGGAGGCUUUGGAGGUCCCCAGUUCGUCUUCAACUUUGGUGGCGGCCCCGGUAUUCGAGUGCACCAAUUCGGCGGCGGCAUGCCUCGAGCGAGACCCCGAGAGGCCCAGGGAGCGGCUCCUCAGCAAGAGCAGCACGGCCUUCAGACGCUGCUCGGCCUGCUCCCGAUCCUCCUCUUCUUUUUCCUGCCCCUCAUCACCUCCCUCUUCUCUGGCGGUUCCUCCACCCCCGCCACUCCGCGCAUGGUUUUCGACAGCCCGCAAGCUCCCUUUACUGAGGGCCGCACGACGCCCAAUCUCAACGUCAAAUACUUUGUUGUACCCUCCGAGGUGGCCUCAUAUAGCAAAUCCAAGUUGCUUCAGCUGGACCGGACAGCCGAGCUGAAUCUGGUGCGGCAGCUGCGGUACGAGUGCGAGAACGAAAUGAUGCACAAGAGACAGCUGAGAGAUGAGGCCACCGGUUGGUUCUACCAGGACCCAGUCAAGAUGGCCGCUGCCGAUGCGUAUAAGAUGCCCUCGUGCCAGCGCCUGGAGACUUUGGGCGUGAGCCGGUCAUAAAAAAAAAGCCGCGUGGGCACUUUUCAUGAGGAAUUACGGACAUCAAAGACACUUGUUGAUAUGCUAUUUUAUAUAUUUCUUUGUACGAUGGCGAGAGAAUACGAAGCUUGUAUGGCAUGGAUGAGCAUGAGCGAGUAGAGCGACGUUGAUGGCGUGUGAGGAUACAUGUAGGGCUCCAUUCAUAUACCUUAUGUAUAUCUUUAUAAUUAUAUCAUAUGAUAUU